UGGUUUACCAGCCCUGGGCAGGGCUGGACUCUUCCUUUUUCCGCCCGCGGGCCCAGGAAAUGCGGCUGUGCUGCUGGAGCAAGCCUGCGCUCUGUCCGUGGAUGGCUGAGGACCAUGUGACCUUGAAGUCUGGGUUUGGGGCCAUGGAGGGAGCCACAGGCAGCCGCCCAGGCCUCCCGGAGAAGCCAGUUCCCACGGCUGCCAGCCCCACUCUGUCCUCGCUGGGCGCUGUCUUCAUCCUCCUGAAGUCUGCGCUGGGGGCCGGCCUGCUCAACUUCCCCUGGGCCUUCUACAAGGCGGGUGGGGUGACCCCUGCCUUCCUGGUGGAGCUGGUCUCCUUGGUCUUCCUCAUCAGCGGGCUGGUCAUCCUGGGCUACGCUGCUUCCGUCAGUGGCCAGGCCACCUACCAGGGUGUGGUCGGAGACCUGUGCGGCCCCACCAUUGGGAAGCUGUGUGAGGCCUGCUUCAUUGUCAACCUGCUCAUGAUCUCCGUGGCCUUCCUCAGGGUGAUUGGGGACCAGCUGGAGAAGUUGUGCGACUUCCUGCUGCCCAGUGCCCCGCCGGCCCUGCAGCCCUGGUACGCCGAGCAGCGCUUCACCCUGCCCCUGCUGUCCGCACUGGUCAUCCUGCCGCUGUCCGCCCCGCGGGAGAUCGGGUUCCAGAAAUACACGAGCAUCCUAGGCUCCCUGGCCGCCUGCUACCUGGCCCUGGUCGUCAUGGUGCAGUACUACCUUGGGCCCCCAGGCCUCGUCCGUGAGCCCCGCCCUGCAGCAAGGCCCUCCUCCUGGACCUCCGUGUUCAGCGUCUUCCCGACCAUCUGCUUCGGAUUCCAGUGUCACGAGGCCGCGGUGUCCAUCUACUGCAGCAUGCGCCGCCGGAGCCUUUCCCACUGGGCCCUGGUCUCCGUGCUGUCCCUGCUGGCCUGCUGCCUCAUCUACUCGCUCACAGGGGUUUAUGGCUUCCUGACCUUCGGGACGGACGUUUCUGCCGACAUCUUGAUGUCCUACCCUGGCAACGACGUCGUCAUCAUCGUGGCCCGGGCUCUCUUCGGGGUCUCCAUUGUGACUGUCUACCCCAUCGUGCUCUUCCUGGGGAGGUCGGUGAUGCAGGAUUUCUGGAGGAGGAGCUGCUGCCGGGCAGGUGGGCCCGGGGCCCUGGCGGAGCCCUCAGGGCCGUGGGUCCGGGGGCUGCUGACCGUGCUGUGGGUGGCCGUGACGCUGGCCAUGGCCCUGUUCCUGCCCGACCUCAGCGAGAUCAUCGGCAUCAUCGGGGGCAUCAGUUCCUUCUUCAUCUUCAUCUUCCCAGGCCUGUGCCUCAUUUGUGCUGUCGGCGUCGAGCCCGUGACUCCGCGCGUCAAGUGCUGCUUGGAGGUGUGGGGAGCGGUCUCCGUGCUUGUGGGCACCUUCAUCUUCGGGCAGAGCACGGUGGCCGCGGCCUUGGAGCUCUUCUGAGCGGGAGGGGGUCGGCCCGGCCUCCACGCGGCGCUGGUGCGGCACCCGUGUCCUUGGAUCAUAAAGAUGCUGCAGAAACGGA